GCGCUGUAAUUUUGAACUGUCACCUGCCAAAAGUGAUUCUAACAGUCCCCAAUUUUCUUAAAAUUUCCGGAAUCUUGGACCAAAAAGCAGGUCAGAAUGUCCAAACUGAUAGCUCAAGCGCCUGCUUUAGCCAACAGGCUUGCUGCGCAGGCCAGUCCAAAAUUGCAGACCUUCUGGAAGUACGCGAAAGUAGAAUUAGCGCCCCCAACUUUGGCUGAUAUUCCAGAAAUUCGUGCUGGCAUUAGCAGGUUGUUGGCUGCAGCUAGAACAGCUCGUUGGAAGGAGGUUCCAGUGAGAGAAGCUUGGUUGAACUCGUUGGUUACAAUUGAAGUUCUGUGCUGGUUUUAUGUUGGUGAAUGUAUUGGUAAACGUCAUAUUGUGGGAUAUGAUGUAUAAAUUGAAACAUCUGAUUGUCUGUAGUUCGUAAUUACAUAAAUUGUUCUAAAUUA